AUGCAAACCAUUGCGGAGUGGCGGGUUGCCCUUGCAGUAGUAGCAGAGCCCUAUGCCGUCCCCGACCAUCCUCGCUGGUUCGGUGACGAAUCAGGCUCCGUCGCCAUCUACUGGAGUGGUGGAGAGGGUGCCCCACCCUGCGCUCUAUUGAGAAGAGGGCAGGGCUUUGUUGCAGUGCAAUGGGGCCCCUUGGCCAUAGUGGGCUGCUAUGUCUCUCCUAAUAGGUCCCUUGCCGACUACGAGGCGUACCUAGACGAGGUGGCGAAUUGUAUUCGCGAAUGUCAACCUCGUCCGUUGAUCGCUCUGGGAGAUUUUAAUGCCCACACAAGGGCUUGGGGCAACUCUAGAGACGAUCCCAAGGGAGAGACAGUGAUGGUAUGGGCGGCUGGACUGGACCUCCGAUUGAUGAAUCAGGGGUCCGUAAGCACAUGUGUACGGUGGCAGGGGGAGUCCAUCGUGGAUCUUACGUGGGCAACUCCUCCUGCAAUGCAAAUGCUGUCGGGCUGGCGAGUGGCGGAGGAGGUGGUCACCUUGUCUGACCACCGCCACAUCGUAUUCAAUGUCGCACUUCGACAGCCCGACAGUAAUCCUAGUCGCCGAGAUAGCAGCCCACCGCGACGUUGGUGUCUCAAGCGGCUCGAUCAAGAUAAGCUCGAAGCCGCCGCCAUCGUCGCGUCCUGGCCAGAAAACGCCGAAGAGGUCCAGUCCGAUCCUGAAGGGGAAGCGAACUGGUUUCGAGGUACGAUGGCGCAAAUUUGCGACCUGUCGAUGCCCAGAAUCAGUCGCCCUAAGCGCAAAGCAGCGUACUGGUGGUCAGCAGAAAUCGCACGGCUCCGUGCAAUCUGCUUACGGUGUCGGCGCCAGUACACUAGAGCCCGCAGGAGAAGACGGCGAGCUCCGCCUGAAGAGAUAGCCAGACUCUACGGGGCAUACCGAGCGGCUACAAAGGCGUUGCAAAUCGCCAUCACCAACGCCAGGUCUCGGUCCUGGAAAGAGCUUCUGGAGGGACUCAACAAAGAUCCCUGGGGGCGCCCAUACAGGAUGGUGCUGGGUAAGCUCCGGCCCUGGUCGCCCCCUCUGACGGAGAUUCUCGACCCGGAUCUUCUGGAAAGGGUAAUCAGCACGCUCUUUCCAGAGGACCGGUCAAGUCCCGAAGGUCACCUGCCGUCUUCAUGGGAGUGGCAAGAGGAGAUGGGGGUGACCGUUGAGGAGCUGGACCGAGCCAUUAGCCGCCUAAAAGUCCGGAACACAGCACCGGGUCCCGACGGAAUCCCGGGCCGGGCCCUAGUGCUGAGUCUGGCUGCUCUGGGGAACAGGCUCAGGCAACUGUUUACCAGCUGUCUGCGGUGUGCCAAAUUCCCCACAGCCUGGAAAGAGGCAAGGCUGGUUCUCUUGAAGAAGGACGGCAGGGCUGCAGAUUCUCCCUCUGCGUACCGACCCAUAUGCCUGCUGGACGAGAUUGGCAAAUUGUUCGAGAGGAUAGUUGCCACUCGGCUCAGCGGGCAUCUGUCGCGCGUCGGUCCCGAUUUGGCUGACAGCCAGUUUGGAUUCCGACGGGAGCGUUCCACUGUAGAUGCGAUUAUGCGCGUCCGCUCCCUGUCGGAACAAACAGUAUCACGGGGUGGCGUGGCGUUGGCGAUAAGUCUUGAUAUCGUCAACGCCUUUAACUCUCUACCCUGGGACGCAAUCAGAAGGGCACUGGCACAUCAUCAAGUGCCCCCCUACCUGCAUGGUAUUAUUGGGGACUACUUGCGCGACAGGUACAUUGUGUACAUGGCGAAAGAUGGUAGAAAGAUUCGGAGGGAGAUCAGACGUGGGGUUCCACAGGGCUCGGUGCUGGGACCACUACUGUGGAACCUCGCGUACGAUGCGGUUCUGCGAGUCGACCUUCCCGCUGGCGUAAAUAUCGUGUGCUAUGCCGACGACACCUUGGUGAUUGCCAGCGGGAUAACUUUCGAGAGGACCAAGGAGCUCGCCGAACUUGGGGUGGAAGUCGUCGUCGCCAAAAUCCACGAGUUGGGUCUAGAAAUAGCGCCUCACAAGACCGAGGCCCUAUGGUUCCAUAAAUUACCACGGGGCAGGGAACCACCCAACUCGUGCGUCCGCGUGGGUGGGUCCGAAGUCAGAGUGGGGAGGUACAUGAAGUACCUAGGCCUCCACCUUGACAGUCGCUGGGGCUUCGAAGAACAUUUCGAGCGCCUAGUCCCCCGGAUCGAAAGGGUGGCGGGUGCUAUGCAUAGACUGCUGCCCAAUCUAGGGGGACCGACGGAGGAAGUACGUCGCCUCUAUGCAGGAGUUAUACGGUCCGUAGCUCUGUAUGGAGCGCCUGUAUGGGCAAAAAGGCUGGCCAUCCGACGCUGUAGAACUAAAAUUUACAGUGUCCAGCGGAGGAUGGCCAUACGGAUCGUACGAGGAUACCGCACCAUAUCCUUUGAGGCGGCGACAAUCCUGGCUCGCUUUCCACCACUAGAUAUACUGGCGGAGAUGGAUGCGAGGGUGUACGACCGAAUCCGUGCCCUCCGCCAGAGCGGUGGUAGCGAGCCAGAAGAGGCGCUCGAAUCAGUUAAACGGCAGGAACGACAAAACGCCCUAGCGACAUGGCGCACUCGACUCGAGGAGCGCUAUGAAUACAAACGCGUCAUUGGAGCAAUCCUGCCGGUCUUCGAUGCCUGGAUGCAGCGACGAGUAGGAAGACUCACCUACAGACUUACACAGAUAAUUACCGGGCAUGGGUGCUUCGGUGAUUAUCUGUGUAAGAUCGGACGCGAGGCGACGGCGAACUGCUUCCACUGUGAUGGACAGGACCAGGACUCCGCUUCUCAUACGCUCGCAGUAUGCCCAGCGUGGGAACGGGAGCGGACAAUCCUGGUGAACCGCAUUGGACGGGACCUCUCCCUGCCAGCAGUCGUGUCGGCGAUGCUGAGCGGGGAUUCGGCGUGGAGGGCCGUAGCCACCUUCUGUGAAUCUGUUAUGACUCAGAAGGAGGCUUCUGAGCGGGAUCGGGAGAGGGCGGAUCCCGCACGGAGACGACGUCGCCAAGGCGUUCGUCACGGCCCUCCUAUUGAAAACGGUGUUCCCCUACCAGAAACGGGGCCUCCGGGGUUGCAGACGCUCGGGGCGGGGGCCUCGAGCGUCUAG